GUCAACGUGAAGUGUCCCUCACGGCCACGCCGAAGCAGAGCAACACGGCUGCGCCGGCCACUUAUCCUUGUGCGCAGGCAACUUGCACGAACACGAAUGUCUCCCCGCUUAUAAGCUAAGCUACCAACAAAUACCUCUCGCCGGCCAAGCCAUAGCUGUCCACGGGCGGCGGCCAUGGCGAGGACUCUGCUCCAGCCCAACAGGGCCGAUCAGGCAACCGCGUCAUCCCACUCCCACACCGGAGCGCCGGUGACCUCCCUCCUCUUCCUCCUACUCGUCGUCGCGGCCGCCGUCGCCGCGGUCGUCGUGUCUCUCUGCACCAGCGGCAAGAACGCCGGUCCACGGAAGCAGCGCCGGUCGUCCUCCCUGGCGCCGGCGCCGCAGCAGGAGGACGGUGGUGGCAGGAACAAGCAGCUGCUCGCCAGCUUCAGCGGCAUCGGCGUCAAGGCGGCCGCGGUGGCCAAGAUGGUCUCUUGGAACCGGCGCUCGCCGCCGGCGAGUGGCUGGAGCAGCGGCGACGACGACGACGACGACGUGGCCCCCGACGGCGACGGCACCGCGGACGAGGAGGCGCUGUGGAAGAAGACCAUCAUCUUGGGCGACAAGUGCCGCCCGCUCCAGUUCUCCGGCCACAUCGCCCACGAUUCCGACGGCAACCCGAUGCUGCCUCAGCCGUCGGCGAUCAACAAGGGCGACGAUCCGGCGGCCGAGGGUUAGCUUCUUGCGAGCGAGGGUUGCAUACGUGCAGUUGACAGUUUGAUUUGCAUGUGUUAGGGAUUGGAGCGUCAACUCGUACGUGAUAUGUAGUGGUACUAGCUAGCUAGCCUGGCCGUGUGUCCACGGAUUUUGGGUAGCUGUGAUGCCUGAUGAAGGUGUUUCACUCGUCUACACCUCGAUCGUUGAAUCAAAGCGGCCAUGUCGCUUUUUUUUUCAGAAAUCGGUAAGCCAAUUGCAGUGCUGUAUC